AUGGUGGCAUCAACUAUGACACCGGCCAUAGUGGCCGUGAUUGCACUCUCUGUCAUCCCCGGAGCAGAAGCUGCAGCCUUACAGCAUAAAUCGGCUCUGACGCGUCGAGACUGUCCUGAUUACACCGAUUACUCCCAAUCUCCGCACGCUCCGUACAGCGAUGGACCACUCCACCUUCCUUUCCAACGUCCAACGGAAGAGUGUCGGACAUUCGUGUCUGAAUCCGUAGAAAAGGUCAUUACUGACGUGACUUCGCGGCUCGUGGACCCGGACCUGGCUAUGUUGUUUACCAAUGCGCUGCCAAACACAUUGGAUACCACAGUUGCAUGGCAUGUCAAUGCCUCUUCAGACUCCGUGCAAAAACGUGCUUCUAACGCGACAUGGCCGGGAGCUCAGUCAUUCAUCAUCACUGGCGACAUUGACGCAGAGUGGCUGCGUGAUAGUGUGAACCAAGUCAUGAAUUACCAGACUCUAGCAAAGUCCGAUGCAGCCCUCUAUCAGCUAAUUCUUGGUGCUAUAAACACCCAGUCCGAAUUUAUCAUCAACUACCCAUUCUGUGGAGCAUUCCAGCCGCCAUCUCCAAGCGGUCUUGCCGCGACCAACAAUACAGAAAUUGACACUGUUACUCCCGACUAUGACCGCACAUUCGUCUACGAGUGCAAAUAUGAACUUGACUCACUGGCAGCAUUCCUCUCGCUCGGAAACCAGUUUUACAAUGCGACUGGGUCAACUGAGUAUCUAUCAGACCGAUGGUACACAGCGUUAGACACCGUUCUACAGACACUCGACAAGGAAGCACAACCCACAUUCGACAGCAACGGGCAAUUUGUCACCAAUGUUUACACAUGGCAGCGACAGACUACCUUGGGAACGGAGACCCUCAGUCUCACCGGCGAAGGAAAUCCACUGAAUAGAAACGUCGGUUUAAUCCGUAGUGCCUUCCGCCCGAGUGACGAUGCAACUAUUUUUGGGUAUUUCGUUCCUGCCAACGCCAUGAUGUCGGUGCAAUUGGGAAGAACUGCCGAUACUCUUGAAGCAAUUGGUGGAAAUAAAACACUCAUCCAAGACUUGCGUACGCGAUCAACAAACCUUCGCAAGGCUGUUUUGAACCAAGGAGUUUUUGAGCACCCAACAUAUGGGAAAGUAUUUGCGUUUGAGGUUGACGGAUACGGAGGACGCAACGUGAUGGACGAUGCCAACAUUCCCUCUUUGCUGGCCCUUCCUUACUUAGGCUUUCUGGAUGUGGACGAUGAAACGUAUCAGAAUACUCGCAAAAUGGUUCUGAGCGCCGAUGGCAAUCCUUAUUAUUUGAGCGGAUCAGCCUUCCAUGGCAUCGGUGGUCCUCAUGCGGGGCUAACAACUGCAUGGCCAAUGUCGCUUCUCGUUCAAGCCCAGACAACAGACAACGACACCGAGAUCAUGGAGUGCAUCAACCUCGUGGUUAACUCGAGUCGUCUAGGACUUAUUCACGAAUCCAUCAAUGUCAACAACAUCACUGACUACACAAGACCGUGGUUCGCAUGGGCCAACUCGUUGUUUUCGCAGACCAUUCUCAAGCUUGCGGAGGAGAAGCCAUACUUGAUUUUCAACGACAGCACACCCUACAUUGUUCCUACCUAG